GAUUCACGGUGAUUCCGGCGAAUACAGAGUCAACAUUCAAUAAGCCGAUCUGUUACAUGUUCAAAUUGAAGGUUUAAUCAAAGGUCCAAGGAAUCAGGUCAAUGGCGUCUUCGUCGGAUUCAUGGAUGAGAGAAUACAACGAUGCUUUAAAACUCUCGGAGGAGAUUAAUGGAAUGAUAUCAGAAAGAAGUUCAUCGGCUGUCACAGGGCCUGAUGCUCAGCGUCGUGCUUCAGCUAUACGGAGGAAGAUCACCAUUUUCGGAACCCGAUUAGACAGUCUGCAGUCUCUUCUUGCUCAAAUUCAUGGAAAACCUAUUUCAGAGAAAGAGAUGAAUCGGCGCAAGGAUAUGGUAGGGAAUUUGAGAUCAAAAGCAAACCAAAUGGCGAAUGCUUUAAACAUGUCAAACUUUGCCAAUAGAGACAGCUUGCUCGGGCCAGAAAUAAAGCCGGAUGAUUCCAUGAGCAGAGUUACUGGCAUGGAUAACCAGGGAAUUGUUGGUUAUCAACGACAAGUUAUGAGAGAACAGGACGAAGGACUUGAGCAAUUGGAGGGAACAGUCAUGAGCACAAAACACAUUGCUCUGGCUGUUAGUGAAGAGCUUAGCUUGCAGACAAGGCUUAUUGAUGACUUAGAUUACCAUGUGGAUGUCACUGACUCUCGCUUACGGAGAGUGCAGAAGAGCCUUGCUGUCAUGAACAAGAAUAUGAGAAGUGGUUGCUCUUGCAUGUCAAUGCUCUUGUCAGUGCUGGGAAUCAGGUCAAUGGCUUCUUCGUUGGAUUCAUGGAUGGGAGAACACAACGAGGCUUUAAAACUCUCAGAGGAGAUUGAUGAAAUGAUAUUAGAAAGAAGUUCAAUGGCCGGAACAGAAUCUUAUGCUCUACCUCAUGCUUCAUCUAUGCGAAGAAAGAUCACCAUUUUGGCAACCCGAGUUGAGACUCUGCAGUAUCUUGUUGCUAAAAGUCCUGGAAAACCUAUUUCAGCAAAAGAGAUGAGCCGGCGCAAGGGUAUGGUUGAGGAUCUGAGAUCAAAAGCAAAUCAGAUGGCGUCUGCUUUGGACAUGUUAAAAUUUUCCAAUAUUGACAGCUUGUUGAGGCCAGAAAAGCAAGAUGAUAUCAUGAGCAGAGUUAUUGGCAUGGAUAACCAAGGAAUUGUUGGAUUACAACGACAAGUUAUGAAAGGCAAGCUGCUGGAUGGCUUAGACCACAAUGUGGAUGUUAGUGCCUCUGGCGUUAAGAAAGUGCAGAAGAGGGUCGAUACUGGUGUUUGCAUGUCACUGCUCUUGUCAGUGCUUGAGGUCAUCGGUCUUGCUGAUCUAAUAUUUUCUAAUCCCAGUGACAAGGUUCAAGAACCAAGGAAAGUUUAGGUUGAGUUACAUAUUGGUUUUGUUAUCUAUAUGGCACAUGAAUGAUCAUCAGAAGGAGGAACUCCACAAGGAUGAUCUUUUUUAUGUUCUGAUAUUUUGUGUGAUCCUUUGAAGUUUGAACUCUUUUGCGCUUGUCUAACUCCUCAUGUUGUACUCCUCAUUCCUCUGAUUCCCCUUCUGUUGCAAGAACCCUUAAGAAGUAAUAUAUAAUGUCUGCAGUUUUCGCAGUUUGCUGUCUUCAUAAAGAUUUAAGAAAUGUUAGCACUUACA